AUGUAUUUCAAGUCGCUACUGGCUGUAGCCAGCUUGGCUUCUGCUGUUCUCGCACAGGAUUCUCAUCUCCAGGAGUACACCAUUCAAGUGGAGGGCAUUACGGCCAAGUUCAUCCCGUACGGAGCUCGCCUCACGUCUUUGCUUGUUGCGGACCGAGAUGGCAGCGAGCAGGAUGUCGCGCUUGGGUAUGACGACCCAGCUCAGUACAUCAUUGAUACUGAGACUAAUCAUACUUACUUCGGUCCCGUCGUUGGACGCUACGCGAAUCGCAUUCGCAACGGCACAUUUGACCUGAACGGGCAGACUUACAACAUUCCCAAGAACGAAAACAACGGCACUGACACGCUACACGGCGGUGACGUGGGCUAUGAUCAGCGCAACUGGACUGUGGUAGCCAGCAACGACAGCUCUAUCACAUUCAGUCUCCUCGAUACAGGCUUCGAGGGCUUCCCGGGGACCGUCUUGACCAUCGUCUCGUACGCGGUCUCGGUAUUCCCAUCCGGACCUCAAGGCGAGUAUCGGCCUCGCUUCACAUCGACAAUCACUGCACAUGCAUUGGACGAGCCUACACCGAUCAUGCUGUCCAACCACAUAUACUGGAACCUCAAUGCCUUCAAAGCUCAAACAAUCGAGAACGAUACAACACUGUGGAUGCCGUACGCAGACCGCUGGAUCAAGACAGAUGGCAUCCUCAUUCCUACUGGCGAAAUCGGCACGACUGCUUCGACGCCAGGACUCGACUUCACCUCUCCCAAGACCAUUGGCGAAGCCAUCGCAGACGCAGAAGGCCUUUGCGGUACCAACUGCACUGGCGUUGACAACGCCUUCAUCAACGACAGACCAGUCUACGUUGGAAGCGACACCAACUUGAAGGUGCUCUCCCUGUGGUCAAAUACCACCGGGAUUCUGAUGGAGCUGAGCCACAAUCAACAAGGCACGCAGAUCUACACCUGCAACGGCCAAGGCGGUCCCCACCCAAUACCUAUCAAGAAGUCACAAGCCGACCGUAAUGGCAACAGCACAGGCUCUACUGAGUACGUGCAGAAGUACGGCUGUAUUGUCAUUGAGCCGCAAGCGUGGAUCGACGGGAUCAAUCAUCCAGAGUGGGGUGUAGACAAGUACGAGAUCUUCUCGCCUGAGACUGGGCCGCUGAACUUCUACUCGACUUAUGACUUCUCGACCUUUUGA